UCUUCACCGGUAGCUUCCGUUCUCACCUGGGUUAGCUCUGUUUUCAUUACGUCUCUCUAGAGCUCUGGUGCAUCGGAGACAUCUUGCUCUCGCUCUCUGGUGGGUGCUUGAAUCCGAUCGCUCUCUUCACUUCCAUCUUCUUGAUAUGCACAUUCAUGGGAAGGUGUGCCUCUGGGAGUGGGAAGGUGUGCCUCUGGGAGCAACCACUGAGUUGGAGGCUUGUCCGUCAAUCAAAAACAUUCUUCUUCUCGACUCCGAUGGGAAACGGGUAGCUGUAAAAUAUUAUACAGAUGACUGGCCAACACUUGCUGCAAAGUUGGCAUAUGAGAAAUCUGUAUCUACUAAGACACUGAAGACAAAUGCUCGAUCUGAAGAAGAGCUGUGGACGUUGUUCUCUGCUGCUAAUGAACUAGUUUUAUCAUUUACAGCGGAGAUAACAAUGUUUGACAGUUAUAUCGUCGUGUACAAGUUUGUUCAAGAUCUGCAUUUUUUUGUUACUGCUGGAGUUGAUGAGAAUGAACUCAUUAUUGCCACGGUGCUUCAGGGAUUCGUUGAUGCAGUUGAACUUCUUCUCAGGAAUGAGGUGGAUAAACGGACAGCACUUGAAAACCUGGAUUUGAUCCUUCUUUGCCUUGAUGAAAUUGUUGAUGGCGGAAUCAUUCUUGAGACGGAUGCUAGUGUUAUUGCUGGAAAAGUUGCAACCCACAGUCUGGAGGGGGUUGGAUCCUUGUCUGAGCAGACUAUAUCUCAAGCGCUAGCCACUGCACGCGAACAUUUGGCAAGAUCCCUUCUUAGAUGAUGUGCUCAGUUUUAUCCUUUCCCGUUUUUUCUAUUUUGGUGGUAACGAGGGAUGGGGUUGAUUGUUUAAGCUAGUCGACCCUAAAUUUUCUUUAAAUUUAUAGCUCAAAUUUAUGAGCGGGAAGCAGCCACGAGGAUUGAAUAUCCAGUUCUUUAAAUUUUUCUAAGACAACGAGCUAGCAAUUUAGCUUGAAAUUACAGGUGGUAGGGGAAUUGUGAUUGCAUCAUUUGUUAACUGUUAAAUUCAACUAUAGGCAAAUAAACAUUAAUUUCUAGUAA